CGGAGAGCUUAUUACGCGCUGUCUCGCUUCGUCGGGCUUGGCUCGGGAGUUAACUAGUGCAGAAGAGACGUAACACCGGGAUAAUUACUAAAAGUUGCAGACGUUAAUAUUACAGCAGCAGCCUCCAAAGAUGAUAAAAGUAUUUUGUGCUUUUAAGAUUUUUUUUUUAAAAGACAUUCAACAACGGCCUUCCUGAGGACACUUACACAGUCUCUGUUUUUAUACGUGCUGACACGUGUCUCUAAGCUUGCGAGAAAGAGAGAUGACAUCUAGCCUGCUCUCAUUGUUAGCUUUUCCGGACUGAGUUCAGAGAAGUUGGAUGACACGCCCCGUAGCUGCAGUCCCUCCCUUUUCUCCCCUCCCCACCCGUGCUAAAUAAAAGUCGCCUUCUGGGCAAAGUUUGGUAGGGGGUGGCUGUGUUCACGUUCGCGAGCCGCUCGUCCAUUCAUAACCCACAGUGCAAAAAUGGGCAUCGCCUGGUCAAACUUGUGGCGCCAUUUGACGGAAGAUACAAUUUCAUCUGUUGGGAUUACUUACACAGCAUUCCUGUUUGUCCCAAUUCCCAUUGGCUUCUUCUUCAAGAAAAGGGGAUUGACAUUCAAGAAAUAUGGGGCAGCUGCCGUGGGUCUUGGACUUACACUGGCUGCUUGUGGCAUCUACACCAUUCACUCCUUUGUCACCAUCAUGGGGACAUGGAUUAUCAUCAAAAUCUCACCAAAGCAUUCCCAUUCUCUGACAUUAGGAUGGACAUUUUUGUACCUGCUCUAUUUCCACAAAUUUACCUCCUUCAAGUUUCCCCAGACAACACAUCUGACCAAGUCUGUGCAACUUUUGCUCACCCUCAAGAUGGUGAGCGUAGCCAGUGAGGUGCAAGAAUUCAUUCAGGUGAAGGAACAGGAAGUGACAUCAGGUACCAAGUCCCCAGCAGUUGGUGUGAUUCCUGAAAUACCUGGAUUGGCAGAGAUACUGUGCUACAGUUACUGCUAUGUGGGACUUAUGACAGGCUUAUUUUAUCGCUAUCGUACAUAUCAUGAUUGGUUGAAUCAGUCCAAUCCUUCUGAAAUUCCAACAUGGAAGCCACUGCUUUACAGACUGAUGAUGAUGCCUGUCUUUGCGACUUCAUUUUUGGGCGUCUCCUACAUCUUCCCCCCUGAAUAUGUCGAAAAUGCUGCCUUCUACGAAAAGGGGCUCCGUUUCCGCCUUUUCUACAUGAUGCCGGUAUCCUUUGUCUUCCGCAUGCGUAACUAUGUGACCUGGUAUGGCGCUGAGAGUGCCUGCAUCACUGCUGGCCUUGGAGCAUAUCCAUCUUGUGCCAAUUCACAGCCAGGCAGAGGACCAACGGUGGAAUAUGAAUCUCUGAGCCAAAGCAGAUCAGCUGAUGGGAAAGAAUCCAGUGUUGCCUAUGAUUAUCAGACAAUCAGAAACAUUGAUCCAUAUGGUACAGAAUUUUGUAUCAAGGUGAAGGAUGGCAUUCGCUGUUGGAACAUGACUGUCCAAUGGUGGUUAUAUCAAUACACCUACAAAAAUACAGCUUCUUUCCCCUAUGUCAUAAGGUCUGCCUGGACUAUGGCUAUCUCGGCCUACUGGCACGGACUCCGCCCUGGCUAUCACCUCAGUUUCUAUACCAUCCCACUGUGCCUAGCAGCUGAGGGGGCCAUGGAGGAUGGGUUGUUGAGGCAUCUCUCUCCCUCUAGCCGUGCUUGUGUUAACUGCACACACUGGUUCCUGAAGAUGAGGGCUUAUGACUAUGUGUGUGUGGGUUUCCUCUUGCGUAGCUUUGAGGGUAUUAUUCGCUAUUGGAACUCAGUGUAUUAUUGUGUUCAUGUGGGGGCUUUGAGUUUCUUUGUGGCUGGGAAAGCAAUGGGGGCCCUGAGGAAGGGCAAAGAUGACCAGAAGCGGGAAUGAGAAGACAGUAUUCUUUUGUCUUAAAUAAUCAGUGGGAAAGCUAAUCUGUUGCUUGGAUUGGCAAUAACUAAGGGGAAGCUUUGUGUAUAGGUUCAAAAUGGCCUCAUUAUGAAGGAGGAUGGGGUGUUCCAAAAUUCCGAUUGUAUAUUAAAGUGGUUCAGCUUAAACUCAUGGUGCCUUGAAUAAUGGAAGGUCAAAAUAGAUGGUGGGUCAAAUUAGAAAAUACAAUACUAAGAUGUAGGUAGUCCUUGACUUACAACCAUUUAUUUGAGGACUGUUUGAAGCCAUGUCAGCACUGAAAAAAGUGAUUUAUAACCUGUUCUUGCACUUACGCAGCAUUUCCCCAGUCAAGUGAUCAAAUUUUAAGGGAAGCGGGAUUCGCCUCAUGAUUGCAUGAUUCACUUAACGACCGUGGCAAAAAAGAUCGUAAAAACAGGCGUAACUCACCUAAUGAGCAUCUUGCUUAGCAACUGACAUUACAGUCUUAAUUGUAAGUCAACGACUGCCUGUAGUGGUAAACCUUUAUGUAAAAUAGUGUUUUUAGCAAAGGUGCUCCCAACUGGUAAUAGAUUUUCUAUAUAGGCUUUCUAUAUAGGUUUAUAUAACUUUAAUACAGGAAAAUUAUAUAUGGUUCUUGGAAGGCUAAAUAUUCUCCUAGGCUCUUUGCACAAUUUGGGGGUCCUACUAAGACUUUCAACUCCUUCUUGAAGAACAUGGGCUGGCUCUUUUUUGGAAGAUCCUUCAUCCUGAGUACCAGUUGCAGUUGUUUUUAGAUUAGGGGGUCGGGGUGCUAGUCAUAAUUACUGACACCUUGGAUCAGAGGUCCCCAACCUUUUGGGCACCAGGGACCGGUUCCAUGGAGAGAGGUUUUUCUGCGGCCCGGAAGGGACAUGGUUUUGUGUGCUGCCUGCAUCCCGCGGAUGGGGCUUUACUUGUUUGUAUGGCCCAGUUGCUGGCAUGCCAUGGCCCGGUACUGGUCCAUAGACCAGGGAUUGGGGACCCCUGCCUUGGAUAACUCUUGCUUGGAUUGUUGCAACAUACAGAGAGCUGACCAGAAGCUAAAGCCUUUCCAGAAUUUAGUAGUACAAGUAAGUAUGAGUAUAUCCCAAAACAGCCAUGCCAUCUGUGAUUGCAUAUGCCGCAUUGGUUACAAAUGGCUUCUUGGUACAAUUAUGCCAUCCUAAAGAUCCAGCAAGAUUGGCAUGCUCUGGGCCCCAUAAGUGUCAUCUUAUGGAAACUAGGAGGUGUACUUUUUCUUCUCUAUAAAAACACUUUCUCCCCAAGAUCUGGCUGGCCCUGACCCUGCUGGCUUGUAAGAACACUUUGAAAACCUGAUUCUUCCUCCAGGCAGUGGAAUGGAAUGUUACAUGAACCGUUUAUAACUAUGUGAGAUCUGUAGUCUUCUUUUCAAACCUUUAAUAGCUACCCAAAGUUGCUUGGAAAAUGGAUAGCCCUAUAAAGUGAGUGAGUGAAUAUAGAAAAUAGAGUAUUAAAAUACAGUUAGUCCUCAACUUACAGUCAUUCAUUUAAUGACCAUUUGAAGUUAUGUCAGUGAAUGAGUGAACAAAUACUUGUUCACCCUGCAUUUUUUUUUUAAUAAAUACAAAAUGAGACUGUGUUGGCGGGGGAAAAAAAGGACCAGCUGAUAUAAAAGGUUUUUAUGUAAAUUCUGUUUCGUUUUAUAAAGUUGAAAUUGAAGAAUAGGAGUCAGAGUUGACUUUCAGUGGUAUAUUGUGGUGAUGAUAACAGUGGCAAAAUGCAGUUAUUCUGUUUUUAGAUGCAGCCAUCUGGUGGCUCUCUUUAAGGUCCUUUUGGCAGGGCAGAUGAGCUAUAGGUUCAUCUGGAGGCUACCGUGAGGAAUAUUCUCUGGCAGAUAAAACGGCUUGGAUUUGCUCAGAAUUGGUUUCUGAUUGGGCAAUCCCAUCAGGUGUUUAUUAGUUCCAUAUAGUAAGCUGGAUUCCCAGGUGGGAAAGGGAGCAUUCCAGAGGAAUAAAACAUAACUCAGUCCAGAUAUUUUGCAUGAGAGAAAGAGGUGAAAACAGCCCCUUCUUAAUAGUUUUCAGAGUAUAUGCAGAGUAGGUGCAGAUGGUGGAGUGCUUCAGUUUGGCAAGAUUCUGUCUAUAAGUCUGAAACAGUGAAGAACUCAGCUUGAAAGAAUCACCACAUGUCUUUCUUGGUUUUGGGGCCUGACACCACUCAGCUUUUGGGUGCAAUGCUAGAUGCCACCAAGCAGGGCCUAGUUAUUUGAGGAACCAUAUCUCUCUGUUGCCUCUUCCCAUCCUUAACAGUCAGACAGAAUUGGCAUGCUCUGCCUCCCUUGGAUUGAACAAUGUCACCUGAGCAAACCCAGAUACUGUACUAUCUCUAUUAUGGCACCUAUUUUUUCUAACAACAUUCUCAUAGAAAGCUGAUGGCUUCUAAUUUGACUUCAUUUAAAAAGCAAUUAAAACCAUUUGUCUUUUUCUCAGGUCUUGGGUGAGAAGGAAUGGCAAGACUCUUACAAGAUUAUGUAAGACUAGAUGUUUUUUCUCUUCCAGAUGUGAAUAGUUUUUUCUCUUUUGUUAUAUAGUUUCUGUAUAAUUUUCAUUUCUAUAAGCUCCCAGAGUUAUCAUAGCGUUGGGUGAACUUAUAAAGCUUAUAUUAGGAACUGCAUUAAACUGGUUAUAAUGGAUGUAGAUUGAGGCUCCCCUGAAAAAUUAGGGAUUUUAAAUUCACUUUAAUAGACAAUUUAGAGAAUUUGAAUUCAUGUGUAAAAAUUAAUGGUACAAAAGGAUAUUCCCCGAAGCAAGAAGAUUAUACACUUUUAUUGCAAUCGUUGGAGAGAUACUCUUUUUGAAAAACAUACGGAAAUUAGAUUUUUAAAACAGCAAUAUCUCAAGAUAAAUGGAAUUGUAUGUGGGAAAACCCAUUCCUUUUCUUUUAUAGCUUUGAAGAAAAAAAUCCUUGAGAUAUUUUAGAUUGUUACUACCAUCUCAGUGUUAAAAUUUAAUACAUAAUUAAAUGCACAGGGCUGUUUAUUUGGGGAUAUGACGUUUCUAGAGAAUGCAUUAAUUACUAAUAAAAAUAUAGAAAACA